AUGGGCAUGGGCAUGGCAUGGCACGACACUUCCAUGAUGCAGGCACAGGAGAGGAGCGCGGAGCGCGGAGCUCAAGACUCGCCAGACCUGGUGGACCUGGUGUUUGGGUCAACGGAGAGAGGCUGGGGCUCGCUUAACGCGCCGGGGGCUUCGGGACAGCUGAUUGGCGUUUCGGCUUGCAGAUGGCCCGCCAACGGGCGUGUGUUUCUGUGUGGUGGUCGGCGGUGGAUCGUCAGGUACCUGGACCAUUUUGUUCCAACCACAACUGGUUGGCCAAGUCGUGAAACACCAUCGGACGAACCGAUGAACCGCGCCAGCGACUGGGAGACACCCGCGAGAACACAGCCAGCGACGGCGCAGAGGGGAGAGUUGGACGAAGAAUCAGAAACACAAACAUCUCGAGCUCCGUUGUCUCGUGGACCGACUCCCGCAAGUCUCGGUGAGAUGGAGCUCUCCAGAAAGCAUCCCGAAUUCGUUGCCCCUGAUCUACUAUUGAGAUCAACAGGCCCGCUGGCGAUGAUGACGACCCGGAAAUUAUCCCACAGUCGAGAGGCCGGGACUGAGACCAAGCCUGCCAGAUCUCCACGCCUCAACCAAGUGUGAUUCGGUGCACCACCACGCCAACUAUCCAGGUGCAUAACUGGUCUGCACUCGACAAGUGAUCAGCUUUCCCCUGGACCGUUACUUCUGGCUCGGCGCCUUCCGCCCGGCACUCGAUUUAGAACAAUCGAUCAUACCUCGUAACUACAAGUUAAAACCUCGAAAACUUCGAUAUUUGUUUCUUUCAGCUGUCUCUCCUCAAG